AUGUCCCUUAUAAAAAAUGAUAUUUUAGGCCCAAGCCUUAUAAACCUAGCCCGGUUAUCCACGCUAAACCCGCCGAUAGCCAACCCCCAAAUUCAAGUACACAUUAACACAUUCAUCUCCGGCCACCGCCACCGGCAACUCUUACACUCUCUUAAACCUCACACUGCUUCUUUCUCAUCUCCCGACGCCGGACGACAAAGUUUUCCGAAAUGAUGUUUUCCAGAGGCGCAAAACAGUCUAUUGAGAUUCUUUGCAGGCGAUUGAACUCCCCUAUACAUUCCCGCUAUGGUUACUCUACACAAACAUGUAGAGAAAACUUCGUUUCUAAACCAAAUUAUAUCAUCAAUCAUUGUGCACUUGUGAGAAAAUAUUCAAGUGAAGCUUCUUCGCCUUCAGAUCAUAUGAGCCUUAUAAAGAAACUAAGAGAAAGAACCAGUGCUCCUAUCAAAGAAGUCAAGUCUGCUCUUAUUGAUUGCAACUGGGAUUUGGAUGCUGCUCAAAAGGAACUGAGAAAAAGGGGAAUUGUUCUUGCAUCAAAGAAAUCAUCUCGCACUGCAGCUGAGGGUUUGCUUGCUCUUGCACAGAAUGAUACAAAGGCUGCUGUUAUUGAACUUAAUUGUGAAACUGAUUUUGUUGCAAGAAAUGAAAUAUUUCAGUGCUUGGCCUUAUCUUUGGCCAAGUUGGCAUUAUCUGCUGAAAGUUCAGGACAAGUAUCUGGUGCCUUCCCUGUUGGACUCGAGAGUUUAGAGCAGAUGGAAUUCUACCGAGUUUUGCUCUUUAGAUGAAACAUAGAAUCUUAAAGGGAAUCAACUAAUCCCAAGCAAAUGGUCCGUCGUUGACGAUAUAUCCCGCCAAUUCUAUUCUCUCCCGUAACAUGCAGACCAUAAACCUGCCAUCUCUUACAAAGUCAGAUUCCCAACAUCGAUCUGUUGAAUUCCACGACACAAUUUCCUUUGGUUCAAUGUUAUAUUGCAUAUAGCGAUUUCGUGUUUUUAUAAUAUUUUUCCAUACCCCGGUGUUGGAUCACAUAGAGGAUUCAUCCGCUUUCAAGCGCCACAUCUAUUUGGCUAACAAAGAAAUAUUCGUAGCUUUAAUGGACCCAAGCCCAAUGCCUCCAACCUUCUUUGGUGCUAUAAUCUUAUCCCAUUUGACCCAAUAAAUACUUUUUUUGUUAUGCUCUCUACACCAAAUGAAUUUCCUCCUAAUUUUCUCAAGUGUGUCAAGAACGCCAUUUGGGAUUACAAAUAUAGACAUCAAACUAUUAUCCGCCAUAAAAACGAAUGUGUUAAUUAGUAUCAUAAAUUCUUAUUAUUAGUUUCAAAAAUAUAUUAUCUUUUCAUUUUACUUAUCUUCUUGAGGUACCAAAUUUUAGCAGUAGAAAAGUUGGGUUUCUUCUUUGGGUUUUUUCUUGAAUUUAAUAACUACCAACAUUUCCUUAAUUUACAACUUUUUUCCAAAUACACGGUGUGUUUCAGAUUUAACCAUCAACAUCUCAAGACAAAAUUUCUGGAACAUAAUCCAAAACUCGAUAAAUAAAGAAAGUAAACUUUUAUGCUCAAGAGUGAAACAUGUUAAUAAAAAUCAACAAAUAUACAAAAUAGUUAUAAAUUUUUUUAUACAAGAUCUAUACAAAAUGCAACAUGGAUUUAUAUACAAAACAAUAUGGCCCAUCAACAAUGACAAAAUGUAGCAUAUGAUAUGAAAUUAUAAUCAUCUUUCUCAACUUCAAUCACCCAAGUUUUAUUCAAGUACAAAAAAUAUAAUCAUCUAUUGUGAUUAUUAAUAAUAAAAUACAAAAAAUAAAUUUGGAUUAACAUCAGAAUCCCUUUUGUUGAUAAAUGAAGAGUUUUUUCAAGUUUUAUUCAAAAAGCCAAAAAAAAUAAAAUAAUUUUUUAAAACAUUAAAAAUUUAUCAAAGCAACCAUACACAACACGAUUAAACAACUAAACCAAUAACCUAACCAUUAAAUCAGCAAACAACCAUAAUCAUUGUUAGAAUGAUAUUUACAGUGAGCAGAAAUAUAAUACAUUUUUGUUAAAGAUCUAUAAAAAUACUACAUAGGUCAGAAAUGUGUACAAUACCCUCAAGUAAUAAUGAUAAUAAAGGAAUCUUGUUGACUCCUAUAGCAUAGAACAUUUAAUCGAUGAUAAUGGGCAAAUAGGUAAUUGUAUCUUUAGAGGUAAAUAUUAAAUAAUAAAUACCACCCUUAAUCUAGAUAUAGCUAUAAACGAGUGUUUCUUUUACUAUUUAUUGCAUAAAGAACAACUUAAUACAGAAAAGUUACAGUUACAAAGUUUUUCACAAUUAGGGCUAUUAAGCUAUAUAUAGUUAGAGUCUCAAAUUUUCUGUAGGAUUUGAAGAUCAAUAUUAAUCAUCCAAAAUUAAACGGAGAAACAACAGUCCAAAAUGCAAUUAAAGAAGUCGCUGCAAUGAUGGGUGAAAACGUAAAACUGAGAAGGGGUUUCACAAUGUCCAUGUCAGCACAUGGUGUAAUGUCUACAUAUCUCCACACAUGCCCACAACCUGGGUUGGGACGAAUUGCGGGAAUUUUGUCACUUGAAGUUGAAGAUGAAAAAGUUUGUUUAGAUAGUGUGCAACGUGUAGGUGCUGAGCUGGCUAUGCAUGUGGUGGCAUCAAAGCCUUUAGUUUUAACAAAAGAACUUGUUUCUAAUGAUGUUGUUGAAAAUGAACGUGAGAUUCUCAAGUCACAGGCGGAAAGUUCUGGAAGGCCUCAGGCAGCGAUAGAGAAGAUGGUUGAAGGGAGAUUAAGGAAAUAUUUUGAGGAAGUUGUUUUAAUGGAGCAAAAAUUCAUUGUGAAUGACACGAUUAACGUGAAGACGCUAUUAAGUGAUCUAUCAAAGGAAGUCGGCUCCCCUGUGAAAAUUGGAAACUUUCUAAGAAUGGAAGUUGGAGAAGGACUUCAAAGAGCUGAUGCACCCGAAGCUUUAGCUCAAGCUGCAUGAUGAUGACGUGGCGUCUCGUUUAAUCUUUAUUCUCUUAUCUGUUAUGCUAACGUGCAGCUACAAUUCGCACGGAUUUUUGCUUCUAGAAACUGAGAAUUUAUAUAAUUUUUCAAAGUCUUUAAUGUAUGAAUACCGAUAAAACCUUAAACUUGAAAUUUUGUUAGGAAUUAAAUUAUAAUAUUCCGAAUAACACUCUGCCA